UGUGUGGAUCGCUGAGAGACUCGGAGGGUCCGGCUCAGUUUUAAUUCUCCUCUAAUCUCUGCAACAGCAGCGCUUCCUGGGUCCCGCGGCUUCUGCUCCAGCUCAGCCGCCCGCCCGCCAGCCGCCAGGCGAGCAUCCCAACCGCCUCCGCCCCAUCACCCACCAUGGACAGCCUCCAAGAAAAAGUGGCUCCGGACGCGCUUGCCUGAGAAUUCCGCACAAAAGAGGCGCUCAAAAUGAAGACCCUGGUGCACCAUGGUCUGGCAGUGUGUUUAGUGCUCACUACCAUGUGCACCAGCUUGUUGCUCGUGUAUAGCAGCCUCGGCAGCCAGAAGGAGCGGCCCCCGCAGCAGCAGCAGCAGCAGCAGCAGCAGCAACAGCAGUCGACUGCUGGCAGCGCGCAGCCAGUGGAGGAGAGCAGUCCCCAGCCACGUAGAGCCGCCCCCGCCGGACACCAGCAGUUGGAUGGAUACCUCGGCGUAACCGACCACAAGCCCCUGAAAAUGCAUUGCAAGGACUGCGCCCUGGUGACCAGCUCAGGGCAUCUGCUGCAUAGUCAGCAGGGUGCCCAGAUCGAUCAGACAGAGUGUGUUAUCCGCAUGAAUGACGCACCCACCCGAGGCUAUGGGCUUGAUGUGGGCAACCGCACGAGCCUGCGGGUCAUCGCACAUUCCAGCAUCCAGAGGAUCCUCCGCAACCGCCAUGACCUGCUCAACGUGAGCCAGGGCACUGUGUUCAUCUUCUGGGGCCCCAGCAGCUACAUGCGGCGAGAUGGCAAGGGCCAGGUGUACAACAACCUGCAGCUUCUCAGCCAGGUGCUGCCCCGGCUGAAGGCCUUCAUGAUCACACGCCACAAGAUGCUGCAGUUUGAUGAGCUCUUCAAGCAGGAGACUGGCAAAGACAGGAAGAUCUCCAACACUUGGCUGAGCACUGGCUGGUUCACUAUGACAAUCGCACUGGAGCUCUGUGACAGGAUCGAUGUUUAUGGCAUGGUGCCCCCAGACUUCUGCAGGGAUCCUAAGCACCCUUCAGUACCUUAUCAUUACUACGAGCCUUCUGGACCCGAUGAAUGUACAAUGUACCUCUCGCAUGAGCGAGGACGGAAGGGCAGUCACCACCGUUUCAUCACAGAGAAGCGGGUGUUUAAGAACUGGGCACGGACAUUCAACAUUCACUUUUUUCAACCAGACUGGAAACCAGAAUCACGCCCUGUGAAUCAUGCUGAGGAUAAACCUGUGUUCUGACGGGUGCGCGUGCCAGAGAGUAAGGUGUGGUGUCCACACCAUCAGCCACGAGAGGAAGGACUUGAACUCCAGGCAGGGAAGGAAACUGGACAGUGGUGCCCUUCAGCACCAUGGACAGAACCCACCGCCUGAGAGUAUUUCAGAAUGAACGCGUCCUGACGAGUGUUGUCUCUUUGAAAAGGAGACCGAACCCUCGCUUCAGUGACCCCCAGCCUGAGACUCUUUCAGAAUGAACGCGUCCUGAUGAGUGUUGUCUCUUUGGAAAGGAGACCGAACCCUCGCUUCCGUGACACUGCCAUGGCUAGGAACACUCCAGGGUGGAAAUAUUGCCUUCAAAACCGAAACAGGAGCAGCCCAACACCUUUAAUUGCAUUUCUUUACAGGCAUCCAUGUCAAAAGACUUUUUUUCUUUUAAAUCAGGUUAUAACCUAACCUAACCUAUAUCUUCAUCAUUUGUCAGACUCUGUGUUUUGUAAAAAGCCUGAGCAUAUGGACAUGUUUCUGAAGAGCACAUCUCCAAUGGUUUUCAUAAAGCAAAUGUCUGCUAUUUAUUUAUUGAGAGUUUUUUAGUGUACUCUAGGCAGUAUUUUUAUAGAUUAUGAUUAUGUGGCAAUUUAUUCUUCCUGACUCUUUAAUCCUGAAUGGUGGUUGGAAUGGCCUAGAAUCAGGCUGAUGAGUUACUGCAUUCACAAUGCUCAUUAUUAGCUUGAAAUCUAUAUUUGACAGGGAAAUGUGUGGCAUUGUUUGAACCCCUUGGCUCAGGCAAAUUGCUCUUUCAUAACAAGAACAGCUAUAACAUUUUCUAAUAUACAUAAAUGUUCAAAAGAACAAAGUUGAAAACCAAAAACUAUGUUAUUAAAACAAAGAAGAUGCUAAUGAGAGGAAUUUAAAGAUACAACAGCUUUAUUCAGUAGCAACUGAUACAAGUAAUUUCUCUUGAAGUUCUGCUUUCCUCUUCUUUAGAAUAUACCGGAAGAUCCCUAGAGUUCCUCUUGCAAACUAAGGGUAUAUGAGCCUCUCGCUGACCUUUAUGAGGAUUAGACACUUGGAUUGACAUGACUCUAACAGUAGCUGGAAAUUUCAAGUCAGAGUGAAAUGGUAGGGUCCUCCAGGUAGAAAUCAGGUUUCCUCCAGGGUCUCUCUUAUCCAAACUCUAUCCCUUGCCUCUCUAAAAAAGUGAGAGAAGGAGGGAGGGGUGGAGAAGAGAUCACAAAGUCAUUCCUCAGCUCACAGCUCACUGCCCCGUGAACCAUUCUGACCCACUGUCUGCAAGUCUUAGAAGUAAUAGGAAGGACUCACUCACUCGCUUCAUUCAAAUCCAAGGUCAAUAGGAUUACAGAUUUUCAUUUUAAAAAGUUAGGUUGCUCAGAAAAGACUAUACUAGACUUUUCUUUGCAUGCUGCCAACGGAGCAUUAGUGUAUCUAAUGACAGAUUUGAAGGCAGCAGCUAAUGCCAUGAGGGAACAGGCAUUACUUUACAAACAGGACAGGGCUUGUGAUUAAAGGUGUCUCACAUCACCAGUUCUUUCCCUCUUCUUAAUUAGUGAUAAUGUCCCUUUCCCUUUCAUGAAGUAGAACUAUUAAUUAUGCAGAGUACCAUUGUGGAGGUGCAAAUACAGUCCAGGUAUCCAGACAGCAGAAACCAAGUAUUAUUGUGGCUUGAGUUAUUAAAAGUCAGUAAAAAAAAAUUGAAAUUGCUGUCUAAGGCAUAGUGGAAUUCGUUCUUCAAGUGUCUUCUGAGUUUUUGUAAGAAAAUGACUUUUAUUCUACCACAGCAUGGCCUCUGAGCAGUGUUCUCAUGAACACAAGCAGAAGAGUAUGAAUUGCACACAACUGAUUGAUGGGUCACCUUCACAAUCCCUUGAAGGGAUUAUUUGUUGAAAUGUAAGUAAGUGGUUCCUUUGACAAUUCCUGUACUUAGGGAAAUUUGGAAUAGCAUACCUGCCGGAGUGUAACUAUAUCACCUGACCUACUGUUGCACGCGUCUGAGUAUCUUUAGGUUUUCUGGUUUUCUUUUUUAAAAGGAAAAAAAGAAAGGCCCACAAAGAAUAUCAAGAUAAGCCCAUCUUUUGUAAUUUCCUCCUCUCAAAUAGUCAAAAGAAUGAGAAGCAACCAAACGCCCAGAAUCUUGGAUCUUUCACAGGAAAAUAUUGUAAAUUCACAUGUAGCUACAAUAUGUGACUUCAUAUAUUUUUUUCAAAAACAUGGUGUAGCUAAGUGUAAGAAAUUAUCAUUGGGUCAUGGUUUUACUGCAGCAUUAAAGAAAAUGCCAAGGGCUCUGAUGGCUUGUGCUGAUGGACCUGGUUGUGGGCGAUUGAAUUCAUGUCUUACCACCAUCAUUUCAGAACUGUCAGACUUAACGCCAUUCAACACCAUUAAACAUAAACUCUGAUAGAAAAGACACAAACCCUGUUUACAGACUUCAUGAUUUCAGGCGAUUUGAAGUCUCAGUCAUACUUGGUGUGUUGCAUACCUUUUGCUUCUCUCCCCAGUGGCAUCGUCAGCCUCCUCCUAUCUUUUAAGACCACAGUAAUAUGAUGCCACAGCUGGCCGAUCCGUGGCUUCUGUUAUUUCAGCACAAGAACAUUUGGCAGAGGCCAUUACAAUAGAUAGCCAUUAUGGGCAAAGAUACAGGAAUCCACAAACAAAAUCAAUCACUUCAAAUGGCCCAUAAAAAGAGGAAUCUCACAUUUAAUAUUCUACAGUAAAUAUUCACCCAAGAAAACGCCCAUUAAAAGAACAUUAGGAGGUAAAUAUUCAGUGUGCUGUGUGGGGACUUGGCUGUGUGAUUCCUAUUUCCACAAACAGGCUGUAGGGAGCUAAGCCCCAUACUUUACUCACCCCACUCUCUACUCCUUAGGGCGAGGCGUAAAAACAGACUGAUUCAGGGACACACAGGUCCUGACAGCACUGAGUUCAGUGCUUCAUAAAACUAAAUGCAAACAAACAGCCCUAAAGGGUAAGCUGUGUGGCCUCUCGGAAUCCUUAGGUUAGUACCGGAUUUGUGUUCUAGAGACAUGGCACCUGUCUCCCAGUCCUCUCUGUCUCUGAGCCAUCUGAACGACAUCAGAACAGACACAGAUAAUUUCAUAUCGAAAUAAAUACUAUAUUUCAACUUCAAAGGACUAUUUAGAAGGUAAAUGAAUGGUAGGAAGUGAAAGAAAAUGUAGAAAUUCUGUUAGGAUGAAGACAGGGCUGUUUAAAUACCUUUGUACCUAUUUUGUACCUCUCCAGACAUUUGCCAUGGGUGCGUGACCCUGGGUGAGCGACCCUGAGACUCCCAGAGGGAGUCCUACCCUGACAGAAGGUCCAAGCCUCUCUCCUGUUCUGCACAUUUCACACCCACUAGUCUUUUCCUUCAUCCUCCUGCUUCUCUUGAGGCCCCAUCUCCUUGUCAUCACCCUCUCCAGAUCCUUCUGUCUUCUAAAAAGCUCCAGUGUUGUGUUGGUGAGGUCUUCCCGGUGGGCUGUUAACUCUAGACCUGUGUAGGAACAGACUUGGUGUAGGGUCUCCUACAGCAGUAGCAUGGUGGGUGCCGGAGUCUACCCCACUACAAGACAAAGGUACAGGAGCUAUGUGCCUCCUGGCUGGCCUAGACUGGGAAAGGAAGGAGUUUACGUCCUAAAUGAAGGGUCAUCUUGGACAAAGCAGGACAGAAUGUCAUCCUCUCUGAAGUUUCUCAAAAACAAAACCCUAAAAAACUAAAAUGUGAAGCCUGAGGAGGUGGGACAAGAGGAGUUAUAGAUGGCCUAGGUUUUAGCACACCAGAAGAUGUCCAUCGGAAGUGGAAAGGGUGAGGCUGUUCCGAAGGCUUUGAAGGUGAGAGCUCACUCCCCCACCUACUCAGGGUAUUGAAAUGUACAUGAAAAUAAAAACAGACUGAGAUCCUGUUUUGUACUUGUGCCCCAGUAUGACAUGCUACCUUGAUUGUCCUGUGUCUUUCUAUGUGUGUGUCUGUUAGACUAGAUUGUAAGCUCCUUGAGGGCAGGGGCUGUCUCUCCUUUGUCUUUGUAGCCCCACACCUAGUACAGUGCCUUGCACACAAUAGGCGCUCAAUAAAUGUCUGUUGUUGAUGUUGACCACUUUAA